AUGGACCGACCCACCUCCGAGUACGCACAGUCAGUACUCCCACACGCCGCAGCCCGAGGCCCGGCCCGCGAACAUUUCCUCGUCCAACACCCCCAGCCCGAGUACGCGCUGAACCCACCGCCUACUCGUUCGCCGGCAUACCACCAGGAUUACCUUCCGCGCCCGCCGCCAUCUUUUGCUCCCAACACUCAACCCGGUGGUGCGCCCGGUAUGGCUCAAGCAACAAGUCCGUUCCAGUCCACCCCUCCCUCCUUCUCUUCUGCCGCCUCCAUGACUGCCACUACCACCACCACCACCACCAUCAAUUCUCCCAUCACAUAUCCCACCCCGUCUUCUGCCUCUUCUGUUUCUGCCCCCACGACUACUGCCCCGUUGCCCAUGACUUCUUCACAUUCUGCUCCGCCCGCCACGCUGUCGGCAUCGGACUCGAUUGCGACGCCGCGCAGUCCGGAGCCCGAAGCUGCUCUUGCCUCGUUGCCAUCCUCUCACAACUUCACCUCUGACGCGGCUAUCCCUCUAGACCCGUCGCUGCCGGCCAACAGCCCAACGUAUCCGCCUCCCUAUUCUCCGUAUCAGCCACAAGGACACGAGAUGGCGCAGUAUCAGGGGCACCCACCCCCUCCGCACCAGAUGUAUGCGCGCCCGGAAUGGGGACACGGCUAUGGUCAGCAACACCACGGUCUACCCGGACCUUAUGCCUCACCAGCGGCCACCACGGUUAGUUCCCCUUCCUCUGUGGCGACCGGAGGGUCGCGCUCUGGUCAGGUCUACUCCUUCGUCCCAAUUCCUGGUGCUCAGCAGCACAAGCGACCCCGUCGUCGAUACGAGGAGAUCGAGCGCAUGUACAAAUGUGGUUGGAAUGGUUGCGAGAAGGCAUACGGCACAUUGAACCAUCUGAAUGCACACGUGACAAUGCAGUCUCAUGGUGCCAAACGAACCCCUGAAGAAUUCAAGGAGAUUCGGAAGGAAUGGAAGGCCCGCAAGAAGGAAGAAGAAUCUCAGCGCAAGGCUGCGGAGGAACGGGAACGAGCCGCAGCCCAAGCAGCCCAGGCCGGUCAGGUUGACGCGCCUGGCUCUUCCGACCCUUCACAAGGCGGUCCUUCCUCCGGAUAUGGGAAUGGCGUCCGCCCUCAACUUCCUCCUAUCGGAUAUCAGCCUGCCGAUGGUCAAGUCCAGAGCCAGUAUGGCGGCCCAAGCAAUGGCAUGGUCUACCAGAGCAAUGGCCAGAUGGGCUACCCUCCCAACUACCCUCACUCCCCAUACCAGAGCGGUCCUGUCUACCAGCAACGUGAGUAA